UUCCGGGGCGCCCAGCGAGGGAAGAGAGAAGAUGGCGGCGGCGGUGCUGUUCUUGGUGACAGGGCUGGUGGCGGCGGCUGCAUCUGCGGCGCCCGGCGGGGGAGGCCCGCGAACGCUGGUGCUGCUGGAGAACAUGAACCUGAAGGACACGCACUCGCUCUUCCUGCGCGGCCUGGCAGAGCGAGGUUUUGACCUGACUUUCCGGACGGCGGACGACCCCGGCCUGUCCCUCAUCAAGUACGGGGAGUUCCUCUACGACAACCUGGUGGUUUUCUCCCCCUCGGUGGAAGAUUUUGGAGGCAACAUCAACGUGGAAACCAUUGCUGCUUUCAUUGAUGGGGGUGGAAACGUCCUUGUGGCUGCCAGUUCAGAUAUCGGUGAUCCCAUUCGAGAAUUGGGAAGCGAAUGCGGGAUAGAAUUUGACGAGGAAAAGACAGGUGUGAUUGACCAUCACAACUACGACAUCUCUGACCCAGGGCAGCACACCCUGAUCGUCGCAGACUCUGAGAAUCUCCUGAAGGCUCCCACGAUUGUGGGGAAGAAGCCCCACAACCCCAUUCUUUUCAGGGGAGUCGGGAUGGUGGCUGAUCCUGACAACCCUUUGGUCCUUGACAUUCUCACCGGCUCCUCAACUUCGUAUUCAUUCUUUCCUGACAAAGCUAUCACUCAGUACCCUCAUGCUGUCGGAAAGAACACCCUCCUGAUCGCCGGCUUGCAGGCGCGGAAUAAUGCCCGCGUGGUCUUCAGCGGCUCCCUGGAUUUCUUCAGCGACGCCUUUUUCACAUCGUCGGUGCAGAAGGCGGCAGCAGGCUCUCAAAGGUACCCCCAAACGGGGAAUUACGAGCUGGCCAUGGCCUUGGCCCGCUGGGUCUUCAAGGAGGAAGGGGUGCUGCGUGUGGGAGAGGUGGCUCACCAUCGGGUGGGCGAGAAGUCGCCUCCAAGCGCCUACACCGUCACCGACUUGGUGGAAUACAGCGUCGUCAUAGAAAAGCUCUCCGACGGGAAGUGGGUUCCCUUUGAUGGCGACGAUAUUCAGCUGGAGUUUGUCCGCAUCGAUCCCUUUGUCAGGACCUUCCUCAAGAAAAACGGCGGAAAGUACAGCGUCCAAUUCAAGCUCCCAGAUGUUUACGGGGUAUUCCAGUUCAAGGUGGACUACAACCGUCUUGGCUACACGCACCUCUACUCUUCCACACAGGUGUCCGUCCGCCCUCUGCAGCACACGCAGUACGAGCGCUUCAUCCCUUCCGCUUAUCCGUACUACGCCAGCGCCUUCUCGAUGAUGGUGGGCCUGUUCUUGUUCAGCAUCGUAUUCCUACACAUGAAGGAGAAGGAGAAAUCCGACUGAGACUCGACCAGAGCGGCCCGGGAUUCCCGUCGGAGGUCCUGGCACCCUCGGAGCGCCACCGAAUCGCCGAGUCCAAAUUUGGGGGGACAUGUUUCUGGACCGAGAAUAGGCCAGAAGGGGGGAGAAGAGGGGCUUCUCCUUCCGUUACGUGGACAAGCCUGGAAGCCUAAAAAAAAAACAAACCCCGAAAUCCAGAGGGACUGUCCUCCCUCUGCUUCCAUGCCGUUGUUUCUCUUCCACCUUUGUUCCAUUUUUGCGAAAUAAAAUGGCGCCAUUCCGUCCCCUUU